AUGGCACUCAUCAGUCUUGUCAAAACUCUCACAUUUGCAGUGCUGUUCCAGCACGUUGCUGCACUAGAUGUACAUCUAGGUCUUGAUCUCGAUCUCAGUGGCGGAGGUCAUGGAGAGCAUAAGCCCCCUGCUAUCACCACCAUCACUAUACCCUACCUUGGAGGCCACAAGACUACGACUGUCAUCACCCAUUGUGGAAUCACAACGGUUGUUGUUGAGACUCCGUUGAUAACUGCCACUUGCAGCUGGACGACGUCAACCAAGCCCCCAACCACAACCUCCAGCACCUCUAAGUCUACCUCUCACCCUACCACCACCAUCCAUACCACCACUUCUGUUCCUCCUACCACCUCGACUUCAGAGAGUACUACAUCAACUCGGACCAUCACCACCACAUCUAAGCCUACUACUACCUCUCGUCCUCCUAUCACUUCUACUUCGGAGAGCACCACAUCAACUCAGCCUACCACCACAUCUAAGCCAACUACUACAUCUCUUCCUGCUACCACUUCUACUUCGGAGAGCACCACAUCAACUCAGCCUACCACCACAUCUAAUCCAACUACUACAUCUCUUCCUGCUACCACUUCUACUUCGGAGUGCACCACAUCAACUCAGCCUACCACCACCACUACCACCACUCAUGUCCCAGCACCAACACCCGGCGGUCCAUGCCCGCUCAUCAAGCCCGGCUGCCCCGCCUCCGGCCUCAACAUCGACUACUACUCCAACCCCUUCGCCGGCUAUAGCCGCCAGGGCAGCCUCCCCUGGUCCUACUACAUCACGCAGCGCCUGCGUCCCCUCGCCUCCGCCCUCACCAACAUUGUCUUCUUCCCGCAGGACGCCGGCCCGCCCGCCACCUUCCCCCUAGUGUACCCGAGCCCCGCGGUCCCCAACGCGGCCUACGCCAUCGGCUGGACCAAGCAGACCAACGGCGGCAUCGUCGUCGACGCCAACAACUUCACCCUCGUCUACACGGGCUUCUACCACGCUCCCGAGACGGGCCGCUACUCGCUCUGCACGACGUCGGACAACGAGAACGACGUCUUCUUCGGCCACGGCAGCGCUUUCAGCUGCGUCGACGGCGCGACGGACCCGGGGGCGCGUCCACUGGUAGUGGCGACGUGGGAGGGCGACGGCAACAGGCCCAGGUGCGCGGAGGUGAACAUGGUGCGCGGCGAGUGGUACCCGCUGCGCAGCGUCAUGGGCAACUGGGCGGGCCCAUCGGCGGUUGAGCUGACCAUCAAGACGCCGAGUGAGACGGUUGAGCAGCGCAAGCAUGAUUUCUCGGGGAAGGCGUAUCCCCAUCAUUGCGGUCUUUUCAUCUAG